AUGGUAACUGCUACAGGUAUUAGGAGACCAGUUCAAAUCCAAGAGUUCAGCGUUGCGAUUCGAGAGGCAUCGAACGACGAAUUGGAGAAGAUUCGCAGCGAAAUUAACAACGCCGUUCGCCAUCUAGAACGGUCCAAUACAAGACUAGCUGCAUACAUAAAGAAGCUCAAGGGCGAGGAAGUCAACAACAGACAAGAGCUCGACCUGGAUGGGAACUUUUCAGACGACGAAAUUGACGAAAAGGACUUGAACGUAUUCCAGGAAUCGCUUGCUGAAAAUGAGAAGGUGUUGUCGAAUUACCACGAGAGACUAAAUGCGAUCGACCAGGAGGAGUUGCACCGGUCCAGCUCGUCGAAGGUUCCCGAAACUACAGGGUCUGGUUCAGCACAGGACAAGUCUAACGCUAUAGACUCGGAUAACACCGCGUAUGAACCCAACAGCAUUUACUUGUAG